GGCUUUUAUGCCAUUUGUUUUCUGAAAUUCACACAGAAACCCACGGUUUCCUGUCUAUUUCCUCCUUUCCAUUCUGACAUUCCCAAAUCCUCUCUCCUUCUUCGAUAUUUUGUCGAAAUUAUUAAAUCAUUGUUUUUUCUAAUUGGUUUUGAGGGAAGAGUAGAUAAGGAGUUGUUGAAGGGUCGUUUGCAUUCGCCAUUUUCGUGUUUCCAAACGGUUGUGCGUGGAAAAUGGUGGAAAUUUCAAAAGGGGGUUGUGAGAGAGAAGAUAACAGUGAGAAGAUGGGAAGUGUUGAGAAAGGUGGGAUGAUGAAGAGGAGCGAGAGAUGUGAUAGUUUUGCGUUGGACAUUGAGAACUUGUUGCACUUUGCUGAUAUGGAUCUAACUGGUAGCCCAAGAAGCACUUUGCAGAGAAAUCUUUCUCGUAAAGGGUGCGGAAGAGGAGAAAGGAAGGGUGCGGGCCAGAAAGAAAAACCAGAUACACCCAAAGGUGGUUUGGGUGGGGUUUCCACACCCGAGAAAUCGGUUGCCGUUCCAUUGUUAGUGACCACAGCAGUGGACCCCAUCAUCAUAGCGGAUACCCGAUAUAGGAGAUCCAGCAGCAGCAACAGGCGUUCUUCUUGGGGCGACCCCAGAAGGAUACUUUUCUUCUUUGCCACCUUGUCGAGCAUGGGCACAAUCAUACUAAUAUAUUUCACCCUCUCCCUGGGGAAGAUCAACGGUACGGAUGAGGCACUCGCCCAAUAAAAAAAGAAAAAGACAGUAUGAGAAUGGAAGAAGAAACAAAACAAAGAGCAUUGUAGAAGAAGGUGGAGAAGAAAACAGAGAGAAAACAAAGAGCAAAAGGGUAGGUUCAAACAGAGCUUUUACAGUAUUUCCAUUGUAUGUAUCAGCUUUUGGAUUUGUCUGUUUCUCUGUUUAAAGGUUAAUGGAGGGGGAGCAGUUGCCUCUUCUGCUUCAUUUUAGAA